AUGUGCCCAGGGGUUCAUCUAGCAGAACGCAAUCAAUGGCGGAUCGUGUCCAAAUUGAUCUGGGCGUUCGAGAUCAAGGAGCCGAUCGACCCAACCACGGGGAAGACCAUCUCACUGGACCCGGAGGAUUACUCGAAUGGUCUGCUUCAUGCGCCCAAGCCGUUCAAGGUGAUUUUCAAGCCGAGAAGCCAGGCACAUAUUGAUGUGAUCAAACGUGAAUACGAGGAGUCCAUGAGGGAUCUUGCGCCGUUUGAGUAG